AUGAAGGGUUUGGACGGGCGAAAUAGUCAAUUCGCUCCACCACCACCACAGCAGAUUCCAACACCUAGCAGCCCAAGGUCGCAGGACCAGACAAGUGAUGCGACUGUCAAAGCCCAUGAGUGGGCGGGAAGGGGUGUGGAGGCAAACACCUGCACGACCGUGGUCCGGUCCAGUGCGAUGCAGGAUAACCAAGACUUCAGCAGGUCCUGGAUGUGA